AUGAAGUGCCUCGGUAAACAGGGCCUGUUUAGUGCCACUCCUGAAGUCAUUGCCUUCCAUCAAGCACUACGCUUUCGUGCAGCCUUUCAGCCCAAUGAGGGUCAGGUGACCGUGAUGGAUGCGUUCUCGGGGAGUGGUUGCAACAGCAUACAGUUGGCGCUGGCUGGCUUCAAGGUGCUUGCACUGGAUCUAAAUCCCAAACGCAUUGAGAUGGCGCGCAGGAACGCCGCCGUGUAUGGAGUACAAAAUUCCAUCACGUUCAUUUGUGCCGACUUCUUUAAAUGGGCACGUGGUCGCUUGAACAACAAUAAUAGGAGUCUUGAAAGCGGUAAGAGGGCUACGAAGAAAAAUGCUAAUUUACUUUUAGCCACGAUGAACAUUUUUAUGUUUUUUGUCUGCAUGUACCUAGCAAAGUGA